AUGGUUGGAGGGAUGGCGGUGAGGACCUGGAUUGAGCCCGUGGUGGCUGGCGCCCAGGUAGCCAGCUCCUUUUAUGACACAGGGCUGCUGCUAGUGGUGAAGAACUACUACAACCGGACUAACUCAACUGCCCCGGCGCACGUGCUUGAGGAUCUGCAGCAGAAAGCUGUCUCUGACUUCUACAUCAUCUACAAUUUGGUCCUGGGCCUGAGCCCCUUGUUGACGGCCUAUGGCCUGACAAAGCUCGGCGACAAGAAGAACAGGAAGAUCACCAUUUGCUUCCCUCUCCUCGGCUAUCUGGUCUCCAGGUCUCUCCUGCUCCUCUUAAUCCUGCUGGGGUGGCCUAUUGAGGUGAUGUACGGGGCAGCAGCCUUAAACGGUCUGACAGGAGGCUUCACCACCUACUGGGCUGGCGUCAUGGCUCUGGGGGCUCUGGGCUCCUCUGAACACAGGAGGUCACUGCGGCUGAUUGUUAUUGAGCUGACCUAUGGGAUGGCGGGCUUCUUGGGCAGCAUAGCGUCUGGGCACAUCUUCGUCCAUUCCCACAUAAGUUAUCGACAGGGCACUGUGCUAGUGGCCUCCAGCAUUGCCUUCUAUGCCUUCUGCUUCCUCUACAGCUUCUUUGUUCUGAAAGUCCCUACGCCUGAAGGCACCUGCCCAGCUUACACAGCUCACAGCAAACUCAAGGACAUAGAUCAGCCUGACAGCCAGCUACCGGAGGAUGAAAGAACGGCAGGGAGUUCGGGCUCCUGGGAGGACAAGGGGCGUGGUCCUCUGGCACCAUCAAAACUCAUCAUUGCAAUGCUCUUCAUCGGGGCUGUCUUGUAUGACCUAGCAGUUGUGGGAGCCAUGGAUGUGCUCCCGCUGUUUUUGCUUAAGAAACCUUUGAGCUGGGGCCCCGUGGAGAUUGGCUACGGCAAUGCUGCUGGCUACAUGAUCUUUAUUACCAGUUUCCUGGGGGUUUUUGUGUUCUCCAAGUAUUUAAGGGACACGACUAUGAUCAUCAUUGGGAUAUUGUCCUUCAGCGUCGGCAUUCUCAUCAUGGCCUUUGUGCGACGGACAUUCCUGUUCUACGUUGCUCGGGCCAUAAUGCUGUUUGCUCUCAUCCCCUUACCAACCAUCAGAUCUCUGUUAUCCAAACAUGUACAAGGAUCGUCCUAUGGUAAAGUGUUUGUCUUGCUGCAGCUGUCUUUAGUGAUCACUGGGGUAGCUACAUCCACAGCCUACAACAAGAUCUAUCAAAACGUUCUGGACUGGUUCAGCGGGUUCUGUUUCAUUUUGUCUUGUGUCGCUGGCUGCUUAAGUGUCAUCCCCAUCAGCAUUGUGGCCUACAAGCAACGCUCAACAUCGGGCUCCUUUGAAAUCCUAGCAGAAUGA